CCCAACUGCCCUCCCUCAUAUCCACGGCCGACAAGCGCAACGGCAACGGCAUAAUGGACGUCCUUGCGCAGAUAUUCCCAGACAUCCCAGAGAACGUCAUCCAACGAGUGUUGAACAUCUGCAACGAGAACGUGGAAGAGGCCUCGGACUGGUUGUGCGAAAAUGACUGGCAGGAGUUGAUGGCCGACAACGAAGAAAUUAGCACUAAUCAGCUUUCUGUUCAAACCCUCGACAAUGCAAGCUACACGAACUCUCCGCUUCCAAAUCAAGCGACUAUCCCGUCCGAAGCUCCUACACAUGGAGUUGCGGAAGGUCUGACGACCCGCGGAAGUUUCGUGACCCAUACUGAAGAAGAUGACGAGGAAGACGAUGAGGAUGAAGACGAAGAGGAGGAUGAAGACGAAGACAACUUGUACUAUGACUCGGGAGAUGAAGGCGACGACGGGGAAGGCAGAAUUGGCAGAUUCGGUGCCCUCCAAGUUCCUCCGAUGGCGUCCAGGAUCAAAGUCACACCCAGCAUCGACAUCAAUGGCAACAAAGAGCAUCGUUUUUGGGUGUCGUUCGAUAACGCAGUCAUGAAGAAGUCCAUGAUCGAGCUCCUGAACCUGUCGCUGAGCAAACUGGCCCACCAACGAGUGGCAAUCUUAAACACGCUCUCGUUAGAUAAGGCCGCCGCUGAAGCGGCACUUCUCGUCGCGUCACCAUCACAGGUUGACACCACGGAAAGCACUCCCGCAAGAAGCGGCAAACGAUCCCAUGCUGAAAUGGAGGGAGAAGAUCUACAGGGCUACUUUGCGCAUUUUUUUAACGUGACAGAGCUUGACAUGCUGUGGCGGUCCAUCCUCCACGGCCACUUGCUGAAUCGUCGGUUUGGACAUUUACUCGAAAUUCGCUCUGCGACGAGUUCGACCAAGGCACGGGACUUUGAUGAACUCAUGCACCACUUUGUUCAUCUGGGCCGUCAACCUACUUCUCUCCACCGGCAACAGCUCUCAGGGCGAUCGACCGACUUCAAAUGCGGGCUCGUCACGCCUUGUACGACAGGCGACAUGCUUCGUGUGGGGAAAAACCUUCAUGGCGUGUUGUCGCUGGCUACUGGAAGCAGUUUGUACUUUCGUGCGGGCGCCGCGGUGCCGGCUCCAAGUGUGGUAUCGGGACAAUCGAGUGAUCUGACGGAAAUGGCAUUUCGUGCCGAGGCGACGCACCGUAUUCGCCGCCUCGAGAUCGUCCACGACACGCUGGGCGGACCGGCGUCGGUGAUGGGGUACCAACCCCCCAAGCGAGUCGAGUAUAUUUUGCAGAGUCUAGAUGACGUGUCGGUGGACGAAGGCGAGAACGACGACACAAACCCUCCCAUCAGCGUAUAGGGCCAAGGAUGAGCUUACGUGGACGAUAUAUUUAUUUUUUCUGGCCCGCGUUGGUCGCGAGUGUGGACGGGGGUGGUCGUCGGCUUCUUGAAUGCGCCCAUGGUGUAUCGAGCUGACGUGGCUAACUCACGACAAUCAAGACGGUCCAACCAACUUUAUUUUUGGUCAUUUUCCCGCGUCCGAGGCUCGACAACGGGAGCUUGCAAUGGGAUCAUGC